AUGGCGGCUGGCAUCAUACAGAACCUGAGCAAAUUUCGGCUGCCUACGGCAUUCCAGCAUUCAUUCUUGCCCACCACCGCCUGCCAGGAGAUACUUUUCCAAGACUUAUCCGAGGAGGAAGAAAUGGAGGAGGAAGAGGAAGAGGAGGAAGAGGAAAGAGAUGAUAUGGAACUGGAGGACAGUUCCACAAGCCUCAGUCCCAAUCAAGGGGGCCAGGCAACCUCAGACGAGUCCAAUGCCGAAAUGACGCUGCAACUUCUCCAGUUUGCAGAGCGCAUCAGCGAUGACAUCCAGAAGUAUUUUGGCGGGAAGACCAAAGAGGAAGACGCAGAUUCACGCAACAUCUACGACGACAGCUGCUCCCAGCGCCUGUCAGGACGGGUCUUGUACUAUGCAGACUUGGUCAGGAUUUCUCAGAGCGGGGAGCUGGAGGAAGGGGGUGACUUUUCAGACACCCUGAAAACUCCAGCACCGCUGGACCCACAGCUGUGGAAGUGCCUGUGUGGCAAAGACGGGGCGGUGAAGCUGGGGCCUCUUGCUGAGCUCUUUGAAUAUGGCUUGUGCAGGUACAUCGAGCAUCGAGCCCCCCCUGAAGGCAGCGACCCAAAGGUAGAAAGAAAGUACAGCCAUGUCACCCCCAUGCAAAGCAGGAAGCUGCCUCAGUCCUUUUGGAAAGAGCCAUCCCACAGCCCCGUGGGCAUCCUCAACAGCAACCCUCCGGAUUUUAGUGACCUUCUGGCCAACUGGACUUCUGAAACUAGUCAGGAGGGACUUAACGGCAGCUGAGAGGUUCCUAGCGAGAUUCACCGGUGGUGGUAGACAUUGGGCCUUUUCAGCAGUCUAUGAAGGUUCAGCGGGAGCUUGUGGAGUGAUUAAGAGGGUCAGACGAGGACUGGGCAGACCUGGGUCCAGAUCCCCACGGCCACAAUACUCUCUGGAUAACUGU